AUGGCGGUGCGGCGGGAGCUGGCGAGCCUGCCGCUGAUCAUCCGGCCGUCCCGGACCUUGGGGGGCAGCGGCGCCAACAUCGCCUACACCGAGGACGAGUUCGUGGAGAUGGCGCAGUGGGGCCUGCGGUUAUCCCCGGUGCACGAGAUCCUGGUGGAGGAGUCGAUACUGGGCUGGAAGGAGUUCGAGCUGGAGGUGAUGCGCGACCACAAGGACAACGUGGUCAUCGUGUGCCCCAUCGAGAACUUCGACCCCAUGGGGGUCCACACCGGGGACUCCAUCACCGUGGCGCCGGCCCAGACCCUGACGGACAAGGAAUACCAGGUGAUGCGUGACGCCGCGUUGCGCAUCAUCCGGGAGAUCGGCGUGGAUACCGGGGGCUCCAACAUCCAGUUCGCGGUGCAUCCGGACAACGGCCGCCUGGUGGUCAUCGAGAUGAACCCGCGGGUGUCCCGCAGCUCGGCCCUGGCCAGCAAGGCCACCGGAUUUCCCAUCGCCAAGAUCGCCGCCAAGCUGGCGGUGGGUUACACCUUGGACGAGAUUCCCAACGACGUGACCCGGGAGACCCCGGCCUGCUUCGAGCCCACCAUCGACUACGUGGUGGUGAAGAUGAAGUCGGUGGGGGAGGCCAUGUCCAUCGGCCGCACCUUCAAGGAGGCGCUGCAGAAGGCCAUGCGCUCGCUGGAGACCAACAGCUACGGUUUCGAGGAGCCGGCACUGGUGGAGGCGGCCGGCGACGACGAACGGGAGGCGUUGCUGGAGGAGCGGUUGAAGUGGCCGCGUUCGGACCGGCUCUGGACCUUGGGAGCCGCUUUCCGAGCGGGCUUCACGGUGUCCCGAUUGUACGAGCUGACCGGUAUUGAUCCGUGGUUUCUCAACCAUAUACAGGCCAUUAUAAAGAAAGAGGAUGAGAUCCAGAGCCGUCUGAGCGGGGCCGGCGACGCCGACCGGGAGUUCUGGGUGGAGAUCAAGAACAUGGGCUUCUCCGACCGGCGGCUGGCGGAGUUAUCGGACCGCUCGGAGGAAGACAUCCGGGCGCUGCGCACGCGGGAGGGAGUGCUGGCCGGCUUCCGCACCGUGGAUACCUGCGGCGCCGAGUUCGAGGCAUUUACGCCCUACUACUACUCCACCUACGAAGGGGCCCAGGAGUCCCGGCGUAGCGACCGCAAGAAGAUCAUGAUCCUCGGCGGCGGCCCCAACCGCAUCGGCCAGGGCAUCGAGUUCGACUAUUGCUGCGUGCACGCGGCGUUCGCCCUGAAGGAGGACGGCUUCGAGACCCUGAUGUUCGGCGGGCAGACGCCGCUGAAGCUCGCGCUGGCGCUGGAACGGGCCGGCGUCCCCAUCAUCGGCACGCCGCCGGACAGCAUCGACCUGGCCGAGGACCGGGAACGCUUCAAGGAGUUGCUGGAACGGCUGGAGCUGAGGCAGCCCACGAACGGCACCGCCCGGUCCGCGGACGAAGCCCUGCGAGUGGCCGAGAGCAUCGGCUAUCCGGUGCUGGUGCGGCCCUCCUACGUGCUCGGCGGCCGAGCCAUGGAGAUCGUUUACGAGGAGGAGAAGCUCAAGGACUAUCUGGUGACGGCUUUCCAGAACUCCGUGGAGCACCCGAUCCUCAUUGACAAGUUCCUGGACGAUGCCACCGAGGUGGACGUGGACGCCAUCGCCGACGGCGAGCGGGUGGUCAUCGGCGGCAUCAUGGAACACAUCGAGAUGGCAGGGGUCCACUCGGGCGACAGCGCCUGCUCGAUCCCCCCGAGAACCUUGUCUCCGGAGGUGCAGAACGAGAUCCGCCGGCAGGCCGUGGCCCUGGCCGAUGCCCUCAAGGUCCGCGGGCUGAUGAACGUCCAGUUCGCGGUCAAGGGGGAAGAGGUCUACAUCCUCGAGCUCGACGAGAUGGGCUUCACCGAGGAGAUCGUGCCGACGCACGUCUCUGUCAAGGAGUCGGUGCUGCCGUUCAACAAGUUCGCCGGGGUGGACACGCUGCUGGGUCCCGAGAUGAAGUCAACCGGCGAGGUCAUGGGCAUCGACCACUCCUUCAGCAAGGCCUACGCCAAGGCCCAGAUGGCCGGCGGCAUGCGCUUGCCCGACUCCGGCACGGCAUUCUUCAGCCUGCCCGACGAGCAUCGCGAGGGCGCCGCAAGGAUCGCCCGGUCGAUGGCGGCGCUGGGCUUCAAGAUCGUGGCCACCGGCGGCACUGCGGCUUUUUUCCAGGACCAGGCCAUCCCGGUGGAAAUCGUGCACGACGUCGAGGAGACGCUGGGGCAGAAGGCCGUCGCCAUGGUCAUCAACACCCAUGCCAACGAGAGCUACCGCAAAGACGGUUACCUGGUGCGCCGCAACGCCCUGGACCGGCAGAUUCCGUACUUCACCACCCUGGCCGGAGCCGAAGCCGCGCUGGAGGCCAUCGAGUUCCUCAAAGGGGGCGAGCUGACGGUGCAGCCGCUCCAGGAGUACCACCGCCGGGCUCGGCCGGCGUAA